AUGAGAGAACACUGCAAAAAGGACAAAUACUGUGUCUCUUUAAAUGAUGGAGUUGUAACAGCAGAGGCUGGACUCUGUGUUGAGAUACCAUGUUCCUUCAAAUCUCUCUUUGAUCCCGAGAGGAUCAUUUGGUUUAAAUGUGAUCCAUCCCACGGUGAUUGGAUGACAUACCCAGUUGCUUUUAACUCCAGCCUGGCCAGUAAAAAUGGACGAGUGUCUCUGUUGGAGUCUGACAUCAGUAAGAAGAACUGCAGCAUCAGGAUCAAUAACCUCAUAGAUUCUGAUUCUGGAUCAUAUCUGCUCAGAGUGGAAGGAAGUGAACCAGGACAUAAAUAUACAUAUACAGUUGCUAAAACAAAUCUCUCUUUAACAGGUCUAAAGCAGAAACCCACUCUGGUGGUUCCUCCACUGACUGAGGGACAGCAGACCACACUGACCUGCACCGCUCCUGGUCUCUGCUCUGGAUCUCCUCCUAACAUCACCUGGAGUUGGAGAAGAGGAGGAGAGGAGGACUUUACCAUCACAGGAAACAUCACUGGUUUCCACACUGAGAAUCUAGCUAAUUUCACCCAGAGACACAGCUCCACUCUGACCUUUAACCCCUCAGCUGAACACCACGGCACCAACAUCACCUGUAAGACCAGCUUCACAGGUGACACAACCACAGAGGAGACCGUGACUCUGAGUGUGACAUAUCUGAAGAAAGUUAUAAUAAGUGGAAAUCCCAAAGUGAAGGAGGGCGAGACUCUGAAUCUGACCUGUAGUGUUGACAGCUUCCCUCCUUCAGACAUCACCUGGACUAAAUCUGGAAGACAUCGUCAUCUGAAGAAGCAGGAUUAUAAAAGAUCUCAGCAGGACAGACGUGGGAUUGGUUUGUUCUCCAUCAGUAAUGUUACAGCAGGACAAGCUGGACUCUAUGUCUGCACAGCAGAACAUAGGAGCAACACCACGAGAAAAAGAGUCAAUGUAACAGUGAUAUACAAAAGAAGCCUUCAGAUAACUGGAAAUCCAUCCAUCAUAAAGGGAGAAGAUCUGAAUCUGACCUGCAGCAUUGAAAGUUUCCCUCCGUCACUCAUCAAGUGGACCAAACAUUCAGAAAACAAAGUUUAUGUCCAAACUGACUCUGGAUCAGCUUCACUUCUCAUCCCAAAUGUAACAACAGAAGAUUCUGGACGGUACAUCUGCACAGCAGAACAUCUGGAUGAGAAAGUCUCUGUAGAUGCUGAUGUAACUGUGACUUGGUUUUCAGAUAUCCUAAAAGGUUCUGGAUGUGUUCUCCAGUCCGAGGUUCUGACCUGUGUGUGUGCCAGUGAGGGGUUUCCUUUACCCACCAUCAGAUGGUCUCUGCUGAAGAACCACACUGAGUACUCUGUCACUACCAAGGUGUCAAACCACACAGUCAACAGCAGCGUUACCAUCCAUCACCAUGGCAACAUUAGUGUUGAGUGUUUCAGCAGCAACGGGGUUGAAAAAGCAACAGAAAACCUCACAAUCACAGACAACUCACCUGAUGAAGAUGAUAUGGUCCUGUUUGCUUCAUCAGAUCAGGAUCUCCAGCACUUGCUGGAGCGGUUUGAUGUUGAGUGUGAAAUAUCAGGGAUGAAAAUCUCACUUUUAAAUCUGAGACCACGGCAUGAUGGGACCACCACCAUGUUCUUCUGCAGCUCUGUUUGUGCUGUGGGCAAAGAAAAGUCUUCCUCUGCAUCUCUCCCACAUACAGCAUCUCCUUGUAACCACGACGGCCGAGUAGCAGCUGAGAAUGGAACUGCAGCCCCUGGACUCACCGGUGCUCCAAAUGAACCGGAGUACGCAAGCAUCGAUUUCUCUCUCUUGAGGCCUAGAGCUGCAGCAAAGAGGCAGAAGAACGCCGAGACAGAAUACGCUGAAGUUAAGAUAAAAAAGAAGGUGGAGUAUGAGGCUAAGAAGGUGCUGAUCGAGGAGGAGAAGGAGACAAAAGACUACCAAGUCAUUGAUGAUUCCAGGGAGGAAGUGUACUCCAAAGUGAAUAAAUCAGUAUUUCAUGACUACGUGGAGCCCCUUUUUGCUUCGUGUUACAAAGAGGAAGGCUGCACAACCUCCAAGGCCAUUGCACUGGUUUGCAGGGUUUUGCAAGGUUUUCUGAUGAGAGUCAUCACCGCUAACUCAGAAGCAUCAGUAAGAAGAACUUGGCACUGUCAGUCAGACUUCUGUGUUAAUUUUUAUGAGAACAUUAACGCAGAGGCAGGACUCUGUGUUGAGAUCUCAUGUUUGUUCAUUACCAGUUCUGAUUUCAAACCUACUAAUCUAGUCUGGUACAAAUGUGAAUCAUCUAAAAGCAAAUGUGGAGAGUCUGAUAUAAUACUUCACACCAACAACGAAAACAAGGUUCAGUCUGGAUUUAGAGGACGAGUCUCCCUGCUGGAGCCCAGAUUGCAUCAUGGGAACUGCAGCAUCAUCAUCAGCGACCUCCAGGAGUCUGAUUCUGGAUCAUAUCAGCUCAGAGUUAAUGGUUACCUCAAUGGGAGGGGAACUGGAUUUACAUACAACACGAGGACAACAGUUCAUGUUAGAGCUCUAAAGCAGAAACCCACUCUGGUGGUUCCUCCACUGACUGAGGGACAGCAGACCACACUGACCUGCACCGCUCCUGGUCUCUGCCCUGGAUCUCCUCCUAACAUCACCUGGAGGUGGAGAGGAGAAGAAGAGGAGGACUUUAACAUCACAGGAAACAUCACUGCUGUCACCCACAGACACAGCUCCACUCUGACCUUUAACCCCUCAGCUGAACACCACGGCACCAACAUCACCUGUAAGAUCAGCUUCACAGGUGACACAACCACAGAGGAGACCGUGACUCUGAAUGUGACCUAUGUAAAGGAGCUUAGAGUAGAUGGGGAGACCAGUGUGAAGGAGGGGGAGACUCUGAAUCUUACCUGCAGCGUUGAAAGUUUCCCUCCGUCAGUCAUCACGUGGACUAAAGAUGAGACAGGAAACCAUUUCCAGAACACGAAGGAAGACGGAUUAAGCUCUCUUUCCAUCUCCAACGUGACCAGGAACGUUUCAGGCCUUUACAUCUGCACAGCAGCACAUGUGCACCACACUUUGACAAAGAAGAUAAAUGUAACAGUCACAUAUAGAGAACCUCGGGUUACAGGAGAGACGACGGUUAAGGAGGGGAAGGAUCUGAAUCUGACCUGCAGCGUUGAAAGUUUCUCUCCGCCACUCAUCAAGUGGACCAAACAUUCAGAAAAUAAAGUUUAUGUCCAAACUGACUCCGGAUCAGCUUCACUUCUCAUCCCAAAUGUAAAAACAGAACAUGCUGGAAGGUACAUCUGUACAGUAGAACGUCUGGAUGAGAAAGUCUCCGUAGAAGCUGAAGUAACUGUGACUUGGUUUUCAGAUAUCCUAAAAGGUUCUGGAUGUGUUCUCCAGUCCGAGGUUCUGACCUGUGUGUGUGUCAGUGAGGGGUUUCCUUUACCCACCAUCAGAUGGUCUCUGCUGAAGAACCACACUGAGUACUCUGUCACUACCAAGGUGUCAAACCACACAGUCAACAGCAGCGUUACCAUCCAUCACCAUGGCAACAUCAGCGUUGAGUGUUUCAGCAGCAACGGGGUUGGAGAAGCAACAGAAAACCUCAUAAUCCAGCAAGUCACCUCUGAAAAUGCAAAAGAUCAGCUCCAAAAUUCCUUAGACCUGAAUGUUAUUAUAGCCUUUCUGAUUGGGGUUUCCCUUUCUGCUGCCAUCUUCUGUGUAGCAAUGAAAUGUUGCAGAAAAAAAAAGAAGAAUCCUGAAAAUAUGGAGACAACUAUGGAGAUGAUGGCCGGUCAACAGGAUCCACCGAUUUAUGAUGAUCAAGCAGUUUAUGGAAACAACAUCCACAUCCAAGCAGGAACCGAGAAUCAAGCUGUGGCUGCAGAGAAAGGUGCUCCUGAACCCAACCGUUGCCCCAGAGACGUGGAGUACGCCAACAUCGAUUUCUCCAAGCUGAAGAAAAGAAGUUGCAGGAAGGAGCGAGAGGCCACCAUGACGGAAUAUGCAGAAAUUAAGACGGGGGUGAAAGAGCAAAGACACGCCAGCAAUAAAGAAGACGCUGAGAUGUUGGGAAGUGAAGAGGUGGAGCUGGUGACGGACGACGAUAACGGCAUAAAACAAUGUGUCUCAGAGGAGCAGGAAGCUCAAGUGGAGGCUCUUUACUCCACUGUGAAGGAUGUUAUGGAAAUCUGAGGGCUGAGCUGCAUUUUGCUGGAUGGCUUUUGGGAUCGGAUCAGAUUAGAUUAUUAUUCUGUGACAAACUAAAUCUAUCACGGUCUAAAAUCAAAACCGGCCAGAAGAACAAUGAAAUACAUGUUUCAUGUAUAAAUGUUACAAAUCUAGUCAUUUCUUUGUGGGCUGGAACUAGAACAGUGUUUUUCUUCAGUGUUUUUAAUAUUCUCAGUAAUCUAGAUGUGGAUUUAACUCUAAUGUAGCCCUCCUGAGACCAGCUGCGAGAACGCAUUCGCUCCUGUGUUGCAUCUAAAAUGAUCCAUUUGGAAGGGGGCUUGCAGGUAAAAUGCCUCUAUGACACACCACUUUUGCAUCUGGUGAAAAGUAGGGAAAAGUCUCUGUGAGCUUGAAGUUAAAGGAGACAUAUUAUGCAAAACUCACAUUUUUUAUCAUUUGGCGCUGCCAUGUGGGUUUUUACUGACGAAUAGUGUGCCUUACAUGAGCUGUUUCAAAAUGUCCUAGUUUGUGAUGUCACAAACAGGGAAAUUUACAUAAAACCCCUCCUCACCUCUCCAGGAUGGAGGAGCAGCGGCUCUACUCCAAGCCCCUCCUAGGUAUCAGAGCUUCUCAGCUUAUAGCAGCCUAAGCCUGGAGUAGGUGGGCGUGGCCAGCUUCAGCUUGAUUUCUUGAGCACUGAAACGGCUCAUUCUGAAAGAUACUAAAAAGUUAAAAAUAAAGCUACUGGAUUUGCUUUAUGUGAGAAAUGAUUUCUGCAAAGAAAUUUAUGUUUUGUAUUAAGUAUUAUUAUCUUUUUUAAGUCAGUUUUUUUCCUUAUUUAGCACAGUGUAGUAAUUUGGAAGACCAAAACACAGAACGAACAAAUAUAAUGUAUUAGUUUAGCUUAAUUGUGUGAGUCAUUUACAUGCCAUUUUCACUAGCUGUCUCUGUUUAAACAGUGACUUUCCCCCAACAGACGCACUAACAUCACUCCUGGGGCGUUGGCAAAAGUGUCCCUGAACUGCAGCUAAACAGCCAAUCGUGUUUGGUUUCUAUGAAAACUUUGAGAUUUUCUGGAGGAUCGGCAAGAGCGUAUUUUUUUUUUUGUUUUUGUUUUUUUGUUAUUUAAGUAUUUUUAUUAUGUUUUCCAAAUAUUUACAUACAAACAAAACACCAAAAUACAAACAAAACACCAAAAUAACCCUCCCCCUUACAGCACAAGCUAGCUCAAAACCACACACAACCACAAUUCAUAAUAAUUUCAAAACAUGCUGUCCAACAACUUUUAUAUCUUUUUACCAAUAAAAAACAAAAAAUCAUUCCAGGUUUCAAAAUAUGAGUCUUUUUUCCUUCAUUUUAGCAAUGAAUAAUUCAUAAGAUGCAAUCUCUGUCAUGUUAUUAUCCAGUCUCUGUAAACAGGUGCCUCAAAACUUUUCCAUUUACGCAGUAUGACUCUAGCUGCUGAAAUAAAACCUGUAAGAGCCAGGGCCCCUGCCGUUGUAGACAUGUUCGGUACACACGACAAGUCUCCUAAUAAACAAAGUCGAGCAGUUUCCGGUAGCGGUAUAUCCAACCACUCUUGCAUUGUAUUCAAUAUUUUUUUUCCAAAAAGGUUGAACAACAUAGCAUGACCACAAAGAAUGAAUAAAAGUACCUUCCUGCCUUUUACACUUCCGGCAUCAGUGUAGUUAAUGUCUCAGAGGAGCAGGGGAAUAGGCAUUUGCUACAGGAAAUAGCAUGCUAGAAGGAAUUGGAUCACUUUUUUUCUUUCAUUUACUCCUUUGUUGAUUUGUACAGAUCCAGCUCAAAUCAUGCAAUAAAAUGUUUUUAUUUGUUCUCAUUUUACAUGAUUAUAAUGUUUAAUAGAACUGGAUACGUUGUUUGAUAUUUGUGUGGCGUUAUUGCCACCUUCUGGUAGAACUGGGUAUUGAUUUUUGUGUUGCACACUGGAUAAACGUUGGAGACGAAAAUCUCAGCCUACAAAACAACCUUGGGAGUCCUAAGGUUGUCCUAAGUUAUGACAACAAAGUGUGGAUAAGAACAAAAAAAGGACAUUAUGGACAGCAGCUGGUCUUAAAUGUUUUGUAGAGUGUUCCUGUCAUACUUGUGUAUUUCAUUUGAAUAUUAUUAAAGCCUAACUGCUCAUUUGAAGGAAGCAAAUGAAUGAUUAUUAAUGUGAAAACUUAUAAAGAACAAAACCCCCGCCAACUGCCACUGUUAUCAGGGUUUAGCUGGUUUAAUUAUUUUAAUGUCACACAUCGUAUGGAGGGAAACCUGUCAUUUGAUCAUGUCCAUCCAGUUCCUUGGAAGGGAUCCAAAGGCCCUCCUUAUCAGCUGUCCGAACCAUCUCAUCUGUCUUCUUUGGAUGUGAAGAAGUAGCAACGA